AUAGCAAAAAAUAAUAGUUUGGCAUGCAUUUUGUUAUCUUUUCAUGCCAGUUGCUUGGUUUUCUGAGAGUCUUUGCAUUUUCUCAGGCUUAUAUACAGAUAAGCCAGGAAUACCUUAAUGACAUACUAAUAGAUCGGGCCCAAGAUAGGGCAGCUGGCGAGUAUAACUACGAUUACAAUGGCGAUGAUUGGACAGGCUUGUGUCAAAUCGGGCAGAGUCAGUCACCCAUUGAUCUCUUAUAUGAUGAUGCCAUCAAGAACAACACUAUACCGCGAAUACAGUUUCACCACUACGGGGAAUCUCUGCGCACGCCGUUGGUUCUCAUGAACAACGGCCACACAGCUAACAUGGUUAUACCACCCACCCGAACUGGCCAGCGUCCCUUCAUAACUGGUGGACUUCUACGUGGAGAGUACGAGGUGCAAAGUGUGCAUUUUCAUUGGGGCUCGAACUCAUCCAAGGGAUCGGAACACUCCAUUAACUUUAUGCGCUAUGACGUAGAAAUGCACAUUGUGCACAAGAACCGGCGCUACGAAUCCAUGGCAGAGGCUAGUCAAAACGCAGAUGGAUUGGCUGUGCUGGCUGUUAUGUUUGGAGCGCAACCGCAGCCUUUCUCGCAGUAUUACGGACUGAAUAAAAUUUUCAAUCAGUUGCCGCGUAUUGUGGAGUAUAAUACCAAUACCACCAUCCCGGGGCAGUUAAAUAUGGCCCAACUUUUGGGCAACAUAAUAGUCGGGGUGUUCUACUCCUACAAUGGUUCCUUGACAACGCCAGAUUGCGCCGAGGCUGUGACAUGGACUGUCUUCCCCGAUGUCAUCAAUAUACCCGAGAGGCAUAUAAUGAAAUUUUGGCAAUUGAAGGACUCGCGCGGCACUCCCCUAAUCAAUAAUUAUCGAACCAUCCAGGAUACGAAUCAGCGACCAGUCUAUUACAGGGGCGUGUCGUCACUAUUUCUUUAGCAGUUUUAACGAUUGAAAAAACGACAUGUAAUUUACAAUCAUACUA